AGAGUCGGAAUUUUUGUUGUCAGUGUUUUGGGUGUUUUGUUGGUUUGUUUGCCCAGGCAGCCGCGUUUUGAGGUGGCUUGGGAAGGAUUGGGAGGAAAACUGCUCUGGGGACAAAGGGCACGCGGCGGGGAGCGGCGGACCGACCGAAGACGGCUUCGUUACCUCGCGAAUCCCUGCUGCCCUAAAGCGGAGGGGCGGGGCUUCCUUUCCGCGGAGUUGGCGGCGGCGGGUCCCUGUCACCGAACCUCGCGACAGCCCGCCGUGGGGGCCCGUGAAGUGGUUUAGAGCGCGGGCUUUGGUGUCCCCCCCGCGCUGGGAAGCCUGGCUCUGCUCCCCCGCGACCUGGAGGCACUUGAACGCUGACCCUGUGCUCUUGCCUGUGAAACGGGGGCGGAGCAGUGGCGAGGAUUAAAGGCACUUGUCCAGGUCGCCGGGAGUGUCAUGGUGCUGGUCGUAGGUGAUAGCUGUCAGUGUUGUUUACGAAUGCGGAAUCUCCGCUCAGAGGAAGUGCCAUCACGCGGCCACGAAGGUGGGACUUUCCACCAGGCCCUUGUCUUAGAGCAAGGAAAACAACUCCCAUUUGAGGAACUAGUGCUUCUUCCUCAGUGCUGGGGAGAAAGCCUGGAGCUGUCUUCUGGGGAACUGUGGAAUGUGCCCCUGGGGGCCCAGUAAAGCAGAAGGAAGAUGCUGCAGACCAGUAACUAUAGCCUGGUGCUCUCCCUGCAGUUCCUCCUGCUGUCCUAUGACCUCUUUGUCAAUUCCUUCUCGGAGCUGCUCCGGAUGGCUCCCGUCAUCCAGCUGGUGCUCUUCAUCAUCCAGGAUAUCGCAGUCCUCUUCAACAUCAUCAUCAUUUUCCUCAUGUUCUUCAACACCUUCGUCUUCCAGGCUGGCUUGGUCAACCUCCUGUUCCACAAGUUCAAAGGGACCAUCAUCCUCACAGCUGUUUACUUCGCCCUCAGCAUCUCCCUUCAUGUCUGGGUCAUGAACUUACGCUGGAAAAACUCCAACCGUUUUGUCUGGACAGACGGACUUCAAACGCUAUUUGUAUUCCAGAGACUAGCGGCAGUGUUAUACUGUUACUUCUACAAACGCACAGCUGUGAGACUGGGUGAUCCUCGCUUCUACCAGGACUCUUUAUGGCUGCGCAAGAUGUUCACGCAAGUCCAAAGGUGACCGCUGCUUGUCACACUGACGGAUGCCUUUCCCUCCUGACAGAGGCUACAUUUGUGCCUCUGUGAGGUGGGGGUUGGCUCUGCACAGGAAGCACCUUGACUUUCCUACUGCGGGCCAUUUAACGUUCAACAGUCAAGAAGGAAGAUCUUCCCUCUUGCAAAUUAAAGUGUUUCCCAGUACAGGCUUCAGUACAAAACCCUCCCUGGCCUUCUACCUCAGUUCUGCCCCUUUUCCUUUCCUACUCUCUACCCCUCUUCUCACAUAAGGCUGUGAGACUUGAUCCUUGGGAAGCUGUCACUUAGCCUAGUGCAGGAGGGGCUCCUGGCACCUGCUUUCUUUGCACCAAACGUAAUUAAUGGAUGCAAAGAGUGACAUUUCUGCACUCCUGACUGAUCACACUGUAGACAUUUAGAUUUUAUAAACAAGGCAUUUUUUUACAUUUUAUAAAUAGGAAAUAAAUUGAAUUCUUUUUCCAUAAA